AUUCAUUAUUCGCGUGAAAUGAAUAAGAGAGUGACGUUGGAGAAUGUUGCGUUUACUACAGUCGAGUUUUCUGUUGUAAUAUACAACAAAUAUUGAGGAUAUCUUAAAAAAGGAUAAAACUACGAGAAGAUUAAAAAAAAGUAUCUUAUUGAUGAUCAUAAAAUUGGAGUAUUGACACCCGAAAAAGGGGAAAAAUAAGAAAAAAGCAUUUCGUUCAAUAUUAAUAGUUAACGCUAGCGAAUAUAACAACCGCCUCCGGACUUCUCUAUCCGUGACAGUGAAAGUGCUGAGGAAAGAAGGAAAAAAGACCGGCUAUCUCUUUAACGAUACUCUUAUUUACGAAAGAACGGGCAAGAACGUGAUCGUGGCGAGUCAGUACUCCGUCGAGUUUGAAAACGAAGAAACAUGUGUAAAACUAUAUCGUAUUAUCAUUGAGUGCAGGGUUAGAAGAAGCGUCAAAAGAUCAUUAAAUUCGUCACUGAAGAUAAAGCCGUAUAACAUCAAAGAAAUUUAUAAUGAAGCUUGUACCGAUCCGAGGCUUGAUCCAAUUAUUGCACCGUUUCAUUAUACCGUUCUUGCUUUUGAAAGGAUGUGCCAGUAUUGAGAAAUUAAAGGGUAUAUAUUCCUGGAAAGCUUUAGAAUUUGCUUUCCCAAAUGAGUAUGCAAGAGAAAAUGCUAUACAAGAGGGCCGUUUUAUUCCUGGAACACCAGUACCGAUCGAUGUGGAUUUCUACCACAAAGCUAAACAUGGAUCCAUAGUUUUCAUCACGAUACCAAGGUUUCAAAACGGGGUUCCGGUCACCCUCGGUUACGUGACGAAUGAUGUUUCUCCUGAGGGAAAUCCAAUAAUUGCACCUUAUCCAAGCUGGGAAUGGAACAGAUUGGGACAUUGUGAUGCAAUUACCAGUGUGUUUAGAGUGCAGGUGGACUCGUGCGACAGGCUGUGGGUCAUCGACACGGGUAAACUCGAAGAGCGACAGAUCUGUCGUCCUCAAUUAUUGUCGUUUUCGCUGCGAACAAAUAAGGUCCUGAGUCAAUACAAGUUUCCAAAAGAACAAUUCAUGGAUAAUUCCCUGUUUGUGACUCUCGCAGUCGACAUUCGCAAUAGUGGCGACAAAUGUCAAAACACGUUCGUCUACAUCGCCGAUGUGACUGCAUACGGAUUGCUCGUCUACGAUCAUCGCAACGCCCGCUCCUGGAGAAUCACCAAUAAUUUGUUUUAUCCCUAUCCAGCUCAUGGAACGUUCCAUAUCAAGGGAGAUACGUUCGAUCUCAUGGAUGGCAUUUUGGGACUUGCCCUGAGUCCCAUGAAGCAAGAUGGCGACAGGAUUUUAUACUUCCACUCUUUAGCUAGCAAAGUCGAAAGUUGGGUACCCACUUCUACUAUCAGGAAUUAUAGCCUCUUUCAAGAGCACUCCGACGCUGCAGCAAGGUCGUUCCGUCCAUUCGCUAUGGAAAGGUCAUCACAGUCGGCCGCUCAGGCUAUGGAUCAAAAUGGAAUUCUCUUCUUCGGUCUUCUGCCAGAUCUCGCAUUAGGAUGUUGGAACAGUAUCACUCAUCCCGAAUACGGUGGUACCAAUAACGAAGUCAUCAUUGUUAAUCCCGAUACGCUGCAAUUUCCAUCUGGAAUGAAGGUCAUCCUCGCAAAAAAUGGCCGUCAAGAGCUGUGGAUUCUCACAUCGUCGUUCCAAAAAUUCAUGACCGCGACUAUGAACUCGAACGAGACGAAUUUCCGGAUACAGGCCGGUUACGUAGAUGAGCUGGUUCGCGGUACCAAGUGUAACGGUGCGGGUCUCCGCCAUGACCGCAAUAGCGGUUACGAGACGUCCGCGCCCGCGCCGCUAUUCGCCAAAUGAAAAUCGUGGCACCACGGGGAGUUCGAUUCGCAUUUUCAGACGGUGACGUCCGUCUGGUGGCAUAAGUAUCCAGAAUUCUUCCCAGAGUACCACCAUUCCCCAUUCCUAAUCCCUCCAUCGUAUUCAUUCCCAAGAAUCUUUACCCGACCAUCUUUUUUCCCUUGGAUCGUCACAUCUAUUUACAGUCACAGACCAGUCACAGAUUAUACUAUCUUUAUUGAUCACAAUUAAAAAAUGCGCGACACUGUAUGUACCUUAAUACUUAUUCCCGAUGCGAAGAACAAACGGCUCCUCUUUACUAUAUUCUCAAGAUUUUGUAGAACUUAUCAGUUCGAGGAACCCUGAAGCUAUACUCGUGGUGCCAGUUCAGCUUUACAGUCUGUUUACAAUAGUUUUUUUCUGGUGCUGUAAUAUACAUAAUAUUCAUCGGAAAUAACAACGGAUAAAAUAUAUCACCCCGUUCCUAAUGU